AUGUCUGAAGUCGAGAAUGCAAGUCCACCAACCAUGGCGCCAGCAAUUGAAGCUUCGGAGGAAACUUCAACAGCUCUCACUACGACAAACAAUGAAACAGGCGCACCCGCUGAGCGCAAAGUUAAGAAAAUAAUACGUCGAAAAAAGCGUCCAGCGCGUUCCCAAGUAGAUCCCUCAACGAUAAAGAGCGAACCUCCUCCACAAACUGGUACUAUUUUCAAUAUCUGGUAUAACAAAUGGUCUGGUGGUGAUCGGGAAGACAAAUAUUUAUCAAAAACUGCUGCAGCAGGACGUUGCAACAUCGCAAACGAUACUGGAUAUACUAAAGCCGACAAAGUGACAGGCAGUUAUUUCUGUUUAUUUUUUGCAAGGGGAAUUUGUCCAAAAGGUCAGGAAUGUGAAUAUCUACAUCGUUUGCCCGGUAUUCAUGAUAUGUUCAAUCCGAAUGUGGAUGUAUUUGGUCGGGACAAACAUUCGGAUUAUAGAGAUGAUAUGGGAGGUACGGGAAGUUUCAUGAGGCAAAAUAGAACUAUUUAUGUGGGAAGGAUACAUGUUAGUGAUGAUAUUGAAGAAAUUGUCGCGCGACAUUUCGCAGAAUGGGGUCAGGUUGAGAGAAGUAAGUCUAUAUCUUCUUGAUGUGAUCAUUAAUGCAUACUAAUCUGUGUUAGUCCGGGUUCUGAAUACGAGGGGUGUCGCUUUUAUCACAUAUUCAAAUGAGGCAAAUGCGCAAUUUGCGAAAGAAGCAAUGGCACAUCAAUCUCUAGACCAUAACGAAAUCUUGAACGUAAGAUGGGCGACGGCAGAUCCGAAUCCGAUGGCACAGGCACGAGAGGUACGAAGGAUAGAGGAGCAAGCUGCUGAAGCUGUUCGGAGGGCUCUACCUGCGGAAUUUGUGGCUGAGAUAGAGGGGAGAGAUCCCGAAGCACGAAAGCGCAAGAGAAUAGAAGGAGGUUUUGGACUGGCAGGUUAUGAGGCGCCUGAUGACGUUUAUUUUGCUAGGGGUGCCAAUGCUGUAAAUCCACUCGGCAGACAAGGGCUAGAAUUAGAAGAGGAGCAAAGACUCAUGCUUGAGGCGGAUGCCUAUGAGCAGACGGAACAGAAAGAGGAGAGUGGAGGUAUAUUUUCCAGCAGCACUCUAGCGGCAUUAGAAAGUGCCAAGGGGUCAAUCGCAACAAAGCCGAAACCCAAAGCACCGGCAGGGCCAUUGGUAGCUUAUGAUAGCGAUAGUGAUUAGAUGGGGGUGAUAAACGGAGUUUAGGAGUUGGUCAACUACUAUUACCAUCAUGUAUAGUAUAAGUAUAAUACUCGGUCUUUUACAAGCCAAAAUCAUAGCAGCAUUGUCUCAGCUUCGAAAGUAGAAGUAAUGAGCAAAAUCAAAACAAUCAUCCCAUGAUACGGUUGUGUUCUCCAUAAUUUCGUUAU